UUCUAUUCAAUUUUGUGAUCUUUUUUUUACAAAAAAACAUGAAUUUUUGAUCAUUUUCGGCGAUUCUGAUAUCAUUAAUUCAGACGUCCCAUUAUCAAUCAGAAAAACGGAAAAGUCCAGGAGCUAUCUAAGAGUGACCUGCAGUUGAACUAUUCUGCAUACAUUUUUACCCUUUUUGUUAAUCUCGGAAGUACAAACCGUUUAACUACCAACCCAUGUAAUGAAAUGUUGGUAUGUAGAGGUCAACGCAUUUCUUGGAGUGUUUUUUUUAUAUAAAAAAAAAAAAUCAUCUUUUUUUGCUUUAAUAGGCCUUGGCUUGGACCUGAAGCAAAUUAAGAUUCUCGUUACCUUGUAUGAGUUGUGUGGUCUCCAACUACGAGCACAAGCUGUUUGUGGUAAUGUCUACAAGAAUCACAAACAGCACCAAAACCCACGCUAACAACACAUGAUAGCUCCACUGGCCGAGAUUCUCGGUGUCUCCCCCAUCAAACCAAUCCCCAGGUUCUGGUUCAUUAUUCGCGUCGCGAAAUCGCGCCGACUACGUAAUGAUUCCUUCUAACCGCCGUUGUAUAAUUCGCGCGGUGGGUGUCUGCUGUUGGAGAUUGAAGCAUGACAUAGCUGGCAUAUGAAUUAGGAAGUCGGGCAUCCGAAAUCGCACGAGAGAUGAUAAUAAUAAAGAAAAUUGUCCAUCAAAUGUUUGUGGAAAUGGCUGCAAGAACCAUCUUGAAUACUAGCAUCCACAUUGGCAGCACAUGAGCACUCGGGUGGCUGAGAUUCGCGUUGUCUCCUUGAGAAAAUUUGAGACUGCGGUAUAUAAGUAGAAGGCGAGGCCGAGGAUCAGGCCAAGCAAAUUUCAUAGAGAUUAGAAGAAUCUUCUACAACCAACAGAAAAAGAAUGGCUUGCCAUCUUCGGUCCAUCAGCUUGCCCUCGAAAUCUCAUUCUGCGGAGAUCAAGUGCGAAGAAGAGCUCGACAAGCUCCGGGCUUGUGCGGCUUCAUCCUCCGCAACUGCGCAGAUGAUGUGCGAUGGCUUGAACGGGCUCAGAGAUUUGUACGACCGAAUCGACGAGGUUUUCUGCUUACCAAGCAACCGAAAUGCUCUCUCCCAUCCUAACCGGAAGGAAUUGGUAGAAGCGGAGCUGGAAGGCUCUGUCAGACUGUUGGACCUUUGCUCCGCAAUGACGGAUAGCUUGGCUGCUAUGAAGGAGCAUGUUCAAGAUGUUCGAUCCGCCGUUCGGAGAGGAGAUGAUGCGGCUAUUGAAAGCAAAGUGCGAUCUUUCGUUCGCUUGAGUAAGAACACAAACAAGGAUACCAAGAGGCAGAUGGGAAAGAAAUGUGUAGUUGCAGCCAUCAAAGAAGAUCGAGAUCUAUUAAACGCAAUGCGGAUUUCGAUGGAGGCGAGGGAGAUCACGUUCGCUUUCCUCCAAUCUGUUUUCUCAUUCUUGUCUACAAGAAUGGUGAAACCGAGGACGAGCAAGUGGUCUGUCGUCACGAGGACGUUGCACAAGAAGAAAGUGGAAUGCGAAGAAGAGAACGACGAUGUAUUGCUCUUUUCUUCAUAUUCCUGCAAAGAUAGCAAGGAGAAGAUUGUGAAGCUACAAAGACAGCUGCAGAUGUUGGCGCUCACCAUUGAAGGUCUAGAAAACGGACUAGAAAGCUUGUUCAGGCGACUGAUCCAGAGCAGAGUUUCGCUUCUAAAUAUCCUCAGCUCAUAAAUUCUCAACCUCCGAUCCCUAACCCUCAUGAUAACGAUCCAUUAGCAGAGGAUCGGUUUAUCAAUUUCAACAUUUUUUAUUGUAUAGAGUCUAUAUAGCAUCAUGUACAAAACAUCCAACAAAUUGUAUAUCUGAUUCGACAAUACAAAGACAUUUAUCUAAAUUUAUUGUCUUUUAACAACCAUUAGAUGUCUUAAAUGGU